CGCAUGCUCAGAUGUGGUAAGAAGUAUGGCGUCGCUGUCAUGACAGCGGCAAACUUUUAGUCAAACUUUUGGUAGUUUUGGGCAAAUUUGAGCGGUUUGGGGGACUUGGAACCGAGAUUUCGAAAGCUCGUUGCACAGUACAAGGGUGGAAGGUUGCAGAAACACCAACAUGCAUUCCAGAUCCUAUCUACUGUUGGAGAGAGAGUUCUACAGACUACAUGACGACCCUCCAUGGGGAAUCGAUGCAGGUCCAGUUGGAGAUGAGAACAUUUUUGAGUGGUCAGCAACAAUUAUGGGUCUCAAGGAUACAAUAUGGGAAGGUGGAAUAUUUCAGGUUCAGCUGAAGUUUAAUGAGUUUUAUAACGAGGAACCUCCAGAAGUGGCCUUCCACACCAUUCCAUUCCAUCCUAAUGUACAUUCUAUCUCAGGCAGACCAUGUAUAGACUACCUGGACAACAUGCAGGAAUGGAAGGAAUCCUACAGUUUGGUGCACAUACUGUUGUCUAUACAGACCCUCCUGUCUAACCCUGUAGUAGAAGAUGCUGUGAAUGAGGAUGCUGCUAAGAUGCUGCUGACAAACCCUGACAGAUAUCUGGAGAUGGUUCGCAGCUGUGUGGAUGCUAGCAAACGGGUCCACGCUGGUCUGAGCCCCCAUGCUGAAGAUGAGAGGAAGAUCAGGCGAGACUUCCAGCCCUUUGUAGCGCCGGCUGCCAAGACCGCGGGCAUUAAGACAAGGAAGGUUUCGUUUGAUGAGUACCACACCACAUGGAGCGGGAUAGCAACAUCAAAAGCCACUCCUGCUAUGAAAAACCCUUUGUUAGAGUCCAUCCGUGAUGACCCAGUACGACAAUCCUCUCACUACGGUCUGACUGUGGAGCAGCUACAGGACCAGAUGAAGAGACAACUGGAGGAGCACAAUGCUCUCAUGUACGGGAAGUUUGCAGAUCCGGGAAAGAUGGACGACCAACGGGAACAGAAACUCAUGAAGAUUAACCAGAUGAGGAAAGUUUACAUGUCCAAAAGAAUAACAGAACCAUCCACCCCCACCCCGAGUGACACCAAAGACUUUGCUCCUCCCAAGGAGACGGAGGAACCCUGGGAGAAGGAGGUGGAUGACCUGGUGGCCUGGACACACAACCUGGAUGAGGAGCACCUGGAGACUGUGUAAAACUCCAGUAGGAGAUCAUGUAAAACUCCAGUAGGAUACUCGUUAUGGUUAACAUGUACUCAUCGUGGAAGUGUGCAAGUUGUACAGAAAGUGGAAAGUGAUCAUUACAGAUCGGACUUUAGAUCACACUUAAGACUUUUUCCUGUUAGAGAAAGUACCAUACUACUAGCAAUACUUUUUUCCUGUUAGAGAAAGUACCAUGAUAGUACUUUUUCCUGUUAGAGAAAGUACCAUAGUACAGUCCUUUUUUCCUGUUACAGAAAGUACCAUUACUUAAAGUACCAUUACUUAAAGUACCAGUACUUUUUUCCUGUUACAGAAAGUGCCAUUAGUACUUUUUUCCUGUUACAGAAGGUACCAUUAUAGUACUAGUACUUUUUCCUGAGAAAAUACCAUAGUACCUUUUCAUGUUACUUUAAGUACCAUAUAUAGUACUUUUUCCUGUUAGAGAAAGUACCAUAGUCCUUUUUUCCUGUUACAGAAAUUAUCAUUAUAGUACCUUUUCCCUGUUACAGAAAGUACCAUUUACUUUUUUCCC